AUGACGACCUCACCUAAAGGCUCAGGGUCCAACUCUGCCGCACCUCUUCCAAAUGAUGCGCCUACAAAAAAUAAUACCUUGUCAACUGAACCAUCAAUUGAUGAGGGCCCUGUAGAACGGCACACAUCACAUGCAAACUCGGUACAGGAUGCUUCCACCCAAGCUGAUCAUCCGAAGAAAAAACGCUCAUUCCUUCAUAUCCCAUCUCGGUCAUCUUCUAGUAUAAAACUACGAGGGCAGCCAACCGCUCCAGACAGAUGCGAAGAUGUCGCUGAAAACAACGCCGGAAACAAGAAGCGAGCCAAUAGCAUGGGAAGCAGCAAACGAUCCAAGCGUUCCAAUGUUCCGGAUGCUGUGAAUACUCAUUCCAAAACUAAAACUACCGAUAUGGAUGACAUGCCAAAGAAAAAUGGAUCAAAGAGACCUUCGAAGCUGUUUUCUUUCCUCAGCUGCUGUAGCGCAUCGAAUGACGAUCAGGAGGGUGUCAGCCUACCGCCAAAAAGAUCCGUAAAGCCGCUCUCAUCUCAUGGUAGACAACCAACGCCUGUCGAGAAGGCAGAAGCCAGUGCUGCAAAUUCGAGCAUGGCAGAUUCCAGAGAACUGGCUUCAUUUGAUGAAAAAGUUGCGCUGAAGGCCAAUACGGAUCGGACGGAGUCGCAAAUUGAGGUUGAAGUCGCCGCAGCGCGGGGUGAAACGUAUUUAGAUCAUUUUACCAAAACGCACACUGGUGAAGGAUCAAACCUUCCCGUACUAUCUAAGUCUCCCUCGUCUUUCGGCUUUGGUUCUGGUUCUGGUUCUGGUUCCAAGCCUUAUCCAGCUCGAGAAUCGGAAUCCCGCAGUUUGCCUACUAUUGCUGCAUCGGAGAAAUCUGCAGUUUCAAAUGCAGCUAGUACUUGGGCUGAGAAGAAUGUGCAGCCCACCGAGGCCGUCCCAGAGAAGCCCAAUGGCGAUAACGAUGCUCCCAUGCAAGAUACACAGUCGGCGGAUAGUUACAUAGAUGAAGAUGUGGAAAUUAUACCUCACGAGGAACCGGUACAGCGAGCGACCGAACUUCCUCCUCCUCCCCCCUUAGAUCGCAAUACGGAUCCGAUCAACAAGUAUGCUUCCCCCGUUCCAGCGAUCCCGCAAGACAAGCAGCAGUGGUUAUUACCACCUGUCGAGCCGCACCUUCAGAGUCGUAAAUGCCUAGUGCUCGACCUCGAUGAGACGCUUGUUCAUAGUAGUUUCAAGGUUCUUGAAAAGGCUGAUUUCACGAUUCCCGUGGAAAUCGAAGGACAAUAUCAUAACAUCUAUGUUAUCAAGCGUCCCGGCGUUGAUCAGUUCAUGAAACGAGUGGGCGAAUUGUAUGAAGUCGUUGUGUUUACAGCAUCUGUAUCAAAGUACGGUGAUCCUCUGUUAGAUCAGCUAGAUAUCCAUAAAGUCGUGCAUCAUCGGUUAUUUAGAGAUAGUUGUUAUAAUCACCAGGGAAAUUAUGUUAAGGAUCUUUCACAGGUAGGACGCGACCUACGAGAUACCAUUAUCAUUGAUAACUCUCCAACCUCUUACAUUUUCCAUCCGCAACAUGCCAUUCCAAUCAGCAGCUGGUUUUCAGACGCCCAUGAUAAUGAGCUACUAGAUCUUAUCCCUGUUCUCGAGGAUUUGGCAGGUUCGCAGGUUCGAGAUGUGAGCUUGGUUUUAAAUGUUGCGUUAUAG